AUGGAAAUCCUUCUGGAAUUGAUAAUCAUAUAGCUACAUAUGGAAACUUAUUGUCUUUUAACAAAAAAGAAAAAGAAAAAAAUUAUAUAUUACAAUAAGGAUGGAAAUUACCAUAUGAAAUUAUACUUAUCGAUUCUAAAGUGGAAAAAAGUACAAAAAAAGCAGUUUCUAGAGUUUCUGAAUGUAUAAAAAAUGAAAAAAUAGGUUAUUUAUAUGAAGAGUUUAUCAAUUAAAUAGGAAAAAUAACUGAAGAAAUUAUUAAUUUAGUAAAAAAUUGGGAUGAAAAUAAGAAAAAUGAAGAUUUUUUUGAACAUUUAAUUAAAUGUAAUUAAAAUUUGUUGA